UCCAACCAUUCCGUCGAUUGGUCGUCGCACCGUCGACGCUACCUGUUUGUAACCAAGUGGAUAUCAAAUACUUGAUCUAUUGCUUUGGCUGUCGCUGCUGUGAAUUUCGCCUAACGAUUCGCUUACCGCUGACAAACGCGCUUUUACUAACAUUUCAGGAACACGGGGCUUAGCAGAGUCCCGCGAUAACUCGUUCGAUGACCUGGACCUGGUUUAUGACAAGUGCGGUCGCCCCGUCCCCGGGGAUAAUUUCGAGGAUGAUUUUGUCGGGACGCAUAGACGAUUCAAGGAACGAGCCGCAGCUGCAUUCGAUUCCGACCUGGCGGAACUCCGGCGCAAACGAAAGGACUUGCAGGAAAAAAUGUUCGAUAUGAUCGAUAUAGAUGCAGAGAUAGAACGAGCGAAAUCUACUUUGGAGGCAGCUGACUGCGCCUUUCAACGUCAUGCCACCAAGUUCGACAACGAGGACCCCGGCGAAACGACGAUGACGGACAAAUUCAACCGGAGUAGAAAAAUGACGGACGCAGAGGUAGAAGUGAAGCAAAAACCCAGCGGUCCGUUCAAGUGGUCGCAGGUCUGUCAAGCCGACGAUGAUAUACCCCUCAUGUCCGUAAGGGCUAGAAAAGCUAGGAUCAAUUCGCUGGUAAGCGAGAUGACGGCCGCCGAUCCCCCUUCCGAAACUAGGGAUCUCAGAGUCAUAGGAAGGUCGAUGGAGAAAGGUGACAAGAGAAAGAAGAGCGUCUCGUUUUAGCGAAUGUACGCAGAGAUGUGAAAAAGGGAAAUUUAUCGUUCAUGCCCGUUCGUUGUCCAUUUAUGAAAAAUCCAAUGGUAAACUAAUCGAUUUCACCCUCAUCGAACACUCGCUCUGCGCUCUCUGCCCUUUCGACGUGCGAAUCUUCAUCGCCGUUUCAAACGUGAGCAGCUGCAGUGGAAACUGUUUCGUUCGAGAAAAUUCAACCAAAAAUGUAUAUUGCGUAGGUUUGUUAGCAUCGCUACUAUUCGCUCAUUGUCAGCCAAAGAUUGCGAUUCAAAUAAUAAAAAGUAAAGA